UUUGAUAAAUCAAAACUGCCAGUUGAUGCUUCUAGUUUGACCAUUUCUUUUUCUUAUCAUUUUGAUGAAAAAGGAGAAGAAGAAAUAGAUGAAUUGGAAAGAAAUAAAGAUGAUGAAAAUGCUGCUACAAGCAGCAGCCAAGCUGCUGAAAUAACUGAAAUUUUUAACAAAAGAACUAAAGAAAGUAAUACAAAUGCUAGUAGUAAUAAUGUAUUAGGUGAUUGA